AUGAAACUCGGCAGCGGCUUCCUCGGCGGCGGCGGCAGCAGCAAGAGGGCGGCGGCCAUGGAGCCCACCUUCCCCCCCAGCAUGGUCAUGUUCAACCACCGCCUCCCGCCGGUCACCAGCUUCACUCGGGCGGCCGCGCCCCCGCCGGCGGCCCAGCACCCCUCGCAGUGCGUCUUGCCGCCGCCCCCCUCCGCCGCCGCCUCUUCCUCCUCUGCGGCGGCCGAGACUCCCGCGCCGCCCCCCCCUCAGGACGUGACUUUCAAGAAGGAGCCGGCUGGGGCUUUCCCUUCCUCUUCCUCGCAAAGGAGCCCCUGGGGCUUCCUCCAGUCGCUGGUGAGCAUCAAGCAGGAGAAACCCAGCGAGGAGGAACAGCAACAGCACUAUGGGGGGUUAUUCGGAGGGGCUGGGGAGGAGAGGCACCCAGCCCUGGGCAGUGGCAGUGGGGAAGGAGCCAGCCAGAGUGUGAUUCAGGACCUCAGCCUUCUCCACCACCUGCACCACCAUCCCCACCGGGACCUGUUACUGAGCGGCAGGAGCGAGGGCACCCCUGGGGGCUCCGAUGAGCCAAAGCACGACGCCCACGGCAAGAAGGCGAAGAGGCCAAAGCCAGAAUCUCAGGGAAUCAAAGCCAAGCGCAAGCAGAGCGCCUCAUCCAAACCCCCGCUGGUGGGAGACACAGAAGCUGCCCUCUUGUCCUCAAGUCAGAAACCUCAUGUCUGUGAACACUGCAGCGCUGCCUUCAGGAGCUCCUAUCACUUGCGCAGACAUGUGCUCAUUCACACUGGGGAAAGGCCUUUCCAGUGCAGCCAGUGCAGCAUGGGUUUCAUCCAGAAGUACUUGCUCCAGAGACACGAGAAGAUCCACAGUAGGGAGAAGCCAUUUGGAUGUGACCAGUGCAGCAUGAAAUUCAUCCAGAAGUACCAUAUGGAGAGACACAAGAGAACACAUAGUGGAGAAAAGCCAUACAAAUGUGACACUUGUCAGCAGUAUUUUUCAAGGACUGAUAGACUGUUGAAGCACAGACGAACAUGCGGUGAAGCCAUAGGUAAAGCAGGUGCAGGAAUGGAACCUGGAUCAUCAAAUCACAACAUGGGGAGCCUGGCUGUAUUGUCUCAGGGAAAUACAAGUUCUUCAAGGAGAAAAAGUAAAACAAAAAGUAUAUCCAUUGAAAACAAAGGACAUAAGUCUAGUAAUAAAGUAACUGAAUCACAAGUUCCAAGUAAUAUGACCAUGCAGAAUUAUGCAGUAGAAAUUCCUGUUGUGUCUUCCAGUGGUGGCUUAGUUGGUGCUGGCAUGGAAGAAUUACAAAAAAAGGUGCCAAAGUUGGUCUUCAAAAAAGGAAACAGAAAAAAUGCAGACAAAAGUUACCUUAAUUUUGUGUCACCGUUACCAGAUAUUAUUGGGCAAAAACCAUUGCCUGGGAAACAAAGUGGCUCUCUUGGUAUAGUAACCAAUACUGGUGUAGAAGCUAUUGGCCUUCUCCAAAAUGCAGGUGGAAAACCAGGUCAAAUAAGUAGCAAUUAUGAUGAUGCCAUGCAGUUUUCAAAGAAAAGAAGAUAUUUGCAAACUGCCAGCAGUAACAGUGCCUUUUCUAUAAAUGUUGGACAUAUGGCCUCCCAACAGUCUGUCAUCCAGUCUGCAGGUGUCAGUGUUAUGGAUAAUGAAGCCCCAUUAUCUCUUAUUGAUUCAACAUCUCUAAAUACUGAAAUGAAGUCUUGCCAUGACAAGUCUGGAAUUCCUGAUGAAGUCUUGCAGAGUCUCUUGGACCAGUACUCUCACAAAUCAGAAGGCCAGAAGGAAGAUCCUUUCAGUAUAACUGAACAACGUGUAGACUUGCACACCUCGGGAGAACAUUCAGAGAUGGUUCAAGAAGAAAAUUUGAGCCCAAACUCUCAAACAGCUUCAAAUGAUAAGGCAAGCAUGUUGCAAGAAUACUCCAAAUACCUCCAACAGGCUUUUGAAAGAACGACCAAUAGCACUGGUUUUGCUUUUGGGCCCAGUUUCCAAUUUGUUAGUUUGUCUUCAACUCUCCAUAACCACAGUUUGUUUCAAGACAAACAGAUAUACACUACAUCUCCUCUUGAGUGUGGCUUCAGCCAGUCUGUUACCUCAGUGUUGCCAACUGCAUUGCCAAAGCCUCCUUUUGGGAUGUUGCUUGGAUCUCAACCAGGUUUUUAUUUAUCUGCUUUGGAGGCUACACAUCAACAGUUGACUCCUUCUCAAGAGCUGGAUGAUCUGAUAGAUUCACAGAAAAAUUUAGAGACUUCAUCAAACUACCAGUCUACAUCUCAGAAAUUGAGUAGCCAGAAGGAACAGAAAAAUUUAGAAUCUUCAACAAGCUUUCAGAUUCCACCUCAGGAGUUAGCUAGCCAGAUAGAUCCCCAGAAGGAUGUAGAGCCUAGAGCAACAUACCAGAUUGAGAACUUUGCACAAGCGUUUGGUUCUCAAUUUAAGUUGGGCAGCAGGGUGCCAAUGACUUUUAUCACUAACUCUAAUGGAGAAGUGGACCAUAGAAUAAGGACUUCAGUGUCAGAUUUCUCAGGGUAUACAAAUAUGAUGUCUGAUGUAAAUGAGCCAUGUAGUACAAGAGUAAAGACCCCUACCAGCCAAAGUUACAGGUAA